AUGCUCACUGACUCAUCGGAUCUCGUCGACACCAACAAGUCCGAAGCCGAUAACAUUCAACAACUUAUGAUGCAGCUGCAGGUGAGUGUUUUGUUGUAUAUUGUUAAUAGGAUUGGGUUUUUGCUGAUUGGUGAUGUUGGAGGGGUGAAUUUUAUCGAAAUGGUUGGAAUUUUCGCAAUAAUUUUGAGUGUUACCUAAAUUUUUGGUUUGAGUGAUUUUAGUAUUUUUUUCGAUGUUUAUAUAAAUCAAGUUUAGGCUUAAAUUAUAGGGUAGGAUCUUGGCUAUCUUUUGAUGUAACACAUGUUUGGGUUUGACAUCUUUUAGUUUUAGUAAUUUUAAGUUAUUGGUGGUAUACCCACAAAAGUUGAUGUUUCACCAAAUUUUGAUCGAUUUUUCCAUUUCUUUUACUAUACUUGAAUGUAAAAGCUUAACAAAAUUAAAGAUUAGAGUCUUAGUUACCUUUUUACAUAUUAUUUUAGGUGGGCAUGGGUUUAGAACUUAAAAAAUUAAAAUAUUUUCUGAGCUAUAUUUAAAAAUUUGGUAUCUUGUGAAAGCUCAAUCGAUAUUGCCAUUUUUAAUUGUAUUACUAACUUCAAAUUAUAAGCAUAUGAAAGAGGAGAUUCUUGGCCAUCUUUUGAUAUAUUAUACUUGUGAUCAAAAGGGCAUUAGGCUACUGCAAUUUUAGCUUUUCCUAAAAUGAUCUGGUUUUUCGGGUUUUUUCGAACUUUUUUUUUAAUUUUUGGCAUUUUUAGGAUUAGUUUUGACAUUUUUUUUGAUAAGAAUAGGAUAGAAUAGGUAUUUUGCAAUAUUUUUUAAAAAGUUUUGAGUUGCCCUACUCUCUUUUUCCACCUACAUUACCUUUUUGUUCAGUCUUUCUCACCCUCUUGUUCAACAGCCUUUAACUUCUUUUUAAGCCUUUUUUACCUUUUGUUAAGCCUUCCUCACCCUCUUUUUCACCUUUUUUUACUUUUUUAUUCAUCUUUCUUUACCCUCUUGAUCAACCCUUCCCUACCCUCUUGAUCAACCCUCCCCUACCCUCUUGAUCAACCCUCCCCUACCCUCUUGAUCAACCCUCCCCUACCCUCUUGAUCAACCCUCCCCUACCCACUUGAUCAACCAUCCCCUACCCUAUUGAUCAACCGCCUUUACCCCCUUUCCUUGUCUCUACAAUGAGCAAUAACUGUACUUGGUCUUGAUGUGUUUGCACUUUGCGCAAACCAAAUCUAAUUUUAAGUUGUGAUUUAUGAACAAUGUGGUGUUAACAGCUACCGUACCACUCCUUCAUAACUCUUAUUACAAUGAAAAUAAUUGAAGCAGCGCUUCUCUCGACUUGUUUACAAAUUUCGCACUAUUUUCGAAACUUUUUUUUUGUGAUAACAAUCUUGAAAGUCGAAUCGAAAAAAAGGGCCGCUUGUUCGAAUCGAUGUGAUAAGGCGAAAUUUAUAAAAUUUCGAAUAAAAACAUUGGGAAAAUAAUUGGGGUUCCUUAUCAGCGACGCUUCUUCCAUGCAAAAAGCAUUACGCCCUACUGUAGCAAAAUGAUACAUUUUAUCAGUUUGUUAACUUUUUGAACUGUAGUGUAGGCCAAUUUCCAUUCUUUGACGGUUUUUUUGAGCAGUUUUUGCAAAAAGUUUUGAAAUUGAAGAAACUUUCUUUACAGAACUUUAAAUGGAAAAAACUUUCUUUACAAAACAAAAAACGGCAAAAACUUUGUUUACAAAAGAAAAAAAUUGCAAAAACUUUGUUUACAAAAGAAAAAAUUGCAAGAACUUCGUUUACAGAACAAAAUAUCAAGAACUUUUUUUACAAAGCAAAAAAUGACAAGAACUUUCUUUACAGAACAAAAAAUUUAAAAAAAAGUCAAAAAAUUUAAAAUUUUGAAAUUUCAGAAUGCCCAAAACUCCAACUCAACCUCAGCAAUGUUCGACGCAUUGUUCAACCAAGCCCUCUUCCAAAACGGCAACAACCGAUCCAGCGCCGAAGCCGAGCAAUCGCCCGUCUUCUCGGAGCCGUCGACGCCCGCCGUGAACACGGCCGACUUCAUGAGCCGACUGUUGAGUGAACAAUCGAACCAAUUCCAGCUACCCCCGCCACAGGACGAGACCGACCCACAACAGUUGUUGAACUUGCUGAACACCCUGAACUCAUCCGAAAGCAACAACGACUUGCUAAGGCUGUUGGGCCCGAAUGCGGCUUCGAUUUUGGCUCCCCUCGAGGCACAGAUGCAAAAUAAGGUAAGGAGUUUUUGGAAUACUGUAGAGGAGCUCUGUAGGAAGAUUUACUACAAAUUUUGAUGAGGGAAAACUUGACUUUUUGGAAAAUUUCGAAAAUAUCAAGUAGAUUUUUUGUUACAGUAUGACAAUUGACAUCUAUUUGAAGAUUUUUUUUCAAUUUUUGGUGUUGUCGGGUUACUUUAACAAAAGUUAUGACGAUUUUUUUCACAAUUUUUUGGAAUUUUUUAAAUCUUAAUGUGACUUUUUCAGAAUCUGAAACGCACCAGCGCCACCGGGCACAGUUCACCAGCUCCACAACACUCAGAUGAACGACCGGUCACAAAAAUGCCCCGCCUCACCGCACAAGCCGAGCGCAAAGACAGCGACCUACUGGAGAAGCUGGACAUGAACUUCCUACUCCAAUCCCAAAAACAAGUCCGCUCCCCCACCAACUCGCCCGAAAAUACCCCGCCCACACCCCACCUGAACGUGCCCACCUCGUCCGACGCGAACAACGUGCUCAGCCAGCUCCUACCCAACUUAUCACUCCCCAACUUCAACUUUCCCAUGUUCCCAAACAUGAACGGCCAGAACUUUGGCCUGGACGGCCCAUUGGACAUGGCCCGCAUGGCCCACCUUGUGAAUCAGGCCCAGUCUGUGCCAAAAACCCCCAAAAGGCAGUAUUCAUCCACCAGCAAAAACUACUGUGAUUUGUGCAACAAAGAGGUUUGUAACAAGUACUUCCUGAGGACCCACAUGCUAAAGAUGCACAAUAUUGUGAUCGAUGAGAACAAGAGUGUGAUUGCCAACAUUGACACAUUGGAGAAGGAAAAGGAAGGCGGGUUGAGCUUUAGGUAGGAUUUUUGAACUUAUUUUUUGAUUUAGUGGUUGGAAAAAUGAAAUUUUUUUUGAGUUUUGAAAAAUUUCAACAGGGGGGACCACGUUGAUUUUUUUCGAAAAUUUUUUAAAAAAGUAGGUUGUAAUAUAAAGUAAAAAGCAUUUUAUAGUGAGGUAGAGGGUGAUUAUUAACAAUAUUAAACAAAAUUGGGAUGGUUUUCGAAAACUUUUUGCCUACUACAAUAUAACAUUUUUUUCGUUUUGAAAAAAAUUUGGGUUCAGAUGCCGCAGAAUUAGUUUUUAAUGCAAUUAUAAAAUUUUUUGAAGUUUUAUGACUCUAAAUUUUGACGAUUUAAAAAACUUUUUACCUAUUACUUUUUACCUAUAGAUUUAAAAAACUUUUUACCGCUUUAUAACUUUAAAGUUUGAUGAUUUGUAAAAUUCUUUUACCUACUACAAUAUAAUUUUCCAGGUGCGAUAUCUGCAAGAUCAAGCUCGACACCCGGCUACAACUCCGCGACCACAAACGCGACGCCCAUGGCAUUAUGCCACUAACAAAUCAACCAAUCUCAGCAACAAAUGUCGGCUCGUCAGCCUCGUCCGAGUGUGAUGCUUCUCAAAAAACCCCCACCGCAUUUGACACGCCCUCCAACUUUGUGAAACUAGAAUCCCAAGACAAUAUCCCACCACCAAGCUCGUCGUCAUCGACGGCUUCGGAAGAGUGUUGUCCAGUUUGUGUUGGCAAAAUCGAUGUGGAAAAGCUGAGUGCUCAUCUGAUGAGUCAUCAUCAGCUAAGUCAGACCUUCUUGGAUAGCAUGAAAAACGAAGAACACGUACUGGAGAGUGUGGACGAAGCCGCACUAAGGUUUGCCAGAGGAAGAGAAGAGUUCAGGCCUAGUAACAAAGAGGAGAAACAUUCACAUACGGUAAGCAUUUUGGAAAUGAUUAUUUUAUUGCACUGCGCAAGCGUUACUUAUUUGGUUGCACGGUGCAAAAGUUACGUAAUUUCAUUGCACCGUGCAAACGUUAUUUAUUUGGUUGCACUGUGCAUAAUUACGUAAUUUCACUGCACUGUGCAAGCUUUCUAUUUUAAUUGCACUGUGCAAAAACCAUAAAAGGGUUUAUUUUAAUGAGUUAAGGAAAUAAAAUAUACUUUUUUUGAAAAUUUUGGUUUGAACUCAUCUUUAUCACAUUUGAAAUUAUUUUUUAAUAUUAUUUUAGGUAACAAAAAAAUUUUUUAUAAAAAUGGAUUUUUAAAUAAUUUUAGGUAACAAAAUUAAUUUUAUCUCAUUUUCAGUCCGGAUCCGCCUCCCCUCUCUCAGUGAACAUCCCGGAAGCCUACUUCCAACAACUCGAGACCUCGAAAAACCUUCACAACCAGACCUUCGUCCUCAAGGUAAUGGACCAAAACGCGAACUUGCCGGAGGAAUUGUUGGCCUACCUACCGGUGAAGAGCCAAAUCAACCAGCCCAUCCGCCUCACCAUCGAGCUCCGACCCACCGCCGACUCCAAAGAAGUCUAA